AACUUUGUGACGAAUAUGUAAGGCUUUGUACGCACGUUUUCUUGCCACAGCCGGCGUCGCUUAUUAUGGUGUGGGUGACACGUGUUCUAACCAACCAGGUGUUAGUUGUAGGCGGAUCCGAGUGUUAAGUAUCAACACACGUUAAGGUGACACCCCAACACUCGGCUACUUUUCAUUCUUUGUCCAAUUGUUGGCGUCAUUAGCACCCGACGGGGUGUCGGAACGCUCGAAGGGCGACGCGCACACGCGCUGCUGUCAUCUCUGGUAGCCGGGCAUUGGCAAACUUGAUUUGUUGAUCGAGGUGAGAGCUGAUCGUAAACAGAUAGCCGGUCGAGAUCUGCUGCACGUUGCGCUACUGUUCCAGCUCGUUCGAGCGGGAAGACUCACCCCUGGCCAUGCGGCAAUGCUGAGGAUGGCAGAAGCAGGGGCUGCAGGGCUUGCCAUGAAGAAACCUCCUCCGACGUGCACGGGCUGCGGCCAGCCCAUCGAGGAUCGGUACAUACUGCGCGUCGCUCCCGAUCUGGAAUGGCACGCCGGGUGUCUCCGCUGCAGUGAGUGUCAUGCCCGACUGGACGAGACAUCUCACUGCUACGUCAAACAGGAGAGAAUCUACUGCAGGAGAGACUAUCAACGGUUAUUUGGGACCAAGUGCCCGAAGUGUCAAUUGACAAUUGGAGAGCAGGACUAUGUUAUGAGGGCUGGUCAGCAGGCCUAUCAUACCGACUGCUUUAGCUGUUCCGUUUGCAACAGAAGAUUAACAAAAGGAGAUAUGUAUUAUUUGACCAAUUCGGGCAGCAUCCUAUGCAAGGCAGAUCGUGAUGCUGGAAGGCAGUUGACUUUACAACAUCAACAAAAGCCAAUGCCAGCUGGUAGCAGCAGUAGAAAGCAAACAGCUGGAGGGACGUUGAUUUCGACCCAAGACAGCAUGACUUUGAAAGGAGGGAGUGCGAGUGGCAGUGGCAGCAGUACGAGUUCGACUCCAGACAGUACGAUCCCACCUGUGAGCACUGAACCAACAUCGAAAACAGGCAGCCUAGGUGAACCUGCAGGCUCGACUGACAAGUCCCACACAAAAACCAAAAAGAAAAAGACCAGUGACAAGCCUGCACGUGUCCGCACCGUUCUCACUGAGAAGCAGCUGCACACUCUGCGUACAUGCUAUGCAGCAAAUCCCAGACCCGAUGCACUCAUGAAGGAGCAACUGUGCGAGCUGACUGGGCUCACUCCUCGUGUAAUACGCGUCUGGUUCCAGAACAAACGAUGUAAAGACAAGAAGAAGGCGAUGAUGACACAGAGGCCCGAGGAAGGAAGACAGGGUCCAAUCAUUAUACCUUUAGGUAUGGAUCAACAUGGUCUGAUGAGGCUGCCUGGGACAGAGGGAAGCCUGUUACCUCCACUGCCGAGUAUCCCAACAAUUCCUGGCCCAGGAACACCAGCGACACCAUUGACACCCGGUCCCAUCAACGUGUUACCUGUUCUGUCGAGCUGCUCGUCACAGCCUGGUUUGCAAGGGAUGCCUCAACACCAUUUUGGCGAGCCACAUACCCCAACCACCCCAGUGACCGGACAAAUGUUUAGCCACUUGGGAUCUCCACCUCCACCACCUCCUCUUUCUCAACACUUUAGUCCCACACAGAUGCCUCCGAUGUAUCACCAGCUACAGACUAUACCUACAGCUCCACAUCAACAGCCUCUAGGCUAUCCAAUGCCGCUGUGGCAACAUCAAGUGAGUUACCCACACAUGGACGAGCCACCGCCUCUGUACCCACCUCACUCCUCUCUACUAUAAAGCCAUAAGCCGAUGUCUUGCUUUCAAGCCAACAGUCGUUCUACUUUAUUCACAGCAUACUCGCUGCAAUGGAUGGAAAUGACUACUAUGGCUAGCAUGGUAACUCGUGAAUUCGACUACGAAGAGUUCAUUUCGCUUCACAUUGGCAUUUAUGUUAAGAAAUGUCCUUUAGAGUGCAGAGUUGCCUUUUUCGUAAUAUCUACUCUAUUCGUUUUGACUGAAGGCCGCGUUAUUUUUGUGCCUUCGAGAGGUUUUCUACAUCUCAGAACUAUUGUAUUCAGUUGUUAGCAGAUAAAGUUUUACACAAAAGGAAGAGCAAGAGCUAUGAAUUCCGCAAUACUAUUCAGAUUUCAUAAUAAUAAUAAAACUUUAUGUUUGAAGACAACGA